GGGAGGCGGCGGGCGGUGAGCGCUGUGCCGGCGCUGUGCUGGCGGCGGGGCCGGGGGAUGCCGGGGGGGGCGCGGGGCUGAGCCGAGGCGCGGCGGCCCGCGGGGCCCCAGGUGAGCGCGGCGGCGCCCGGGGCGGCGGGGCCGGUGCCGGUACCGGCCCGCAGUGAGCCCUCUCUCCCCGCCGCAGCCGCCGCGCCCCUCUCCGAUGUCCCAGGCCAGCAACCACCGGCCGAGCCGCCCGGAGCCCCGCCGAGCCGAGCCGGCCCCGCCGCCAGAGGCGGGCGAGACCUCGCGCCCUUCGCCGAGGCAGACGCCGGCGGCACCAGCGGCAGAGCCCCGGCCACCCACCCGCCCCCCUGCCAGCCCCGCAGCGCUGACGAAGGAGAAACCCCUGGAAGAUGAUGAGUCCCGAAAAGUCCUGACAAAGGGCCCCCAGGCCGAGCUCGCCGGCGCUCCCGAAGCUGUGACAUGCCAGCCCCAGCUGCGAGCAGCCUCGCAGCCCCCCAGCUCCUGCACCCAUCUGCUGCAGAACGGCGCCGGGCGGGGGCCAGAUCCAGGCGGUGCCAACGGGGAGGCGGGAAACGGGGUCUUCCGCCCCCUCCCCAGCACCCAGAAGCCUCACCGCAAGCUGCAGUCACACCACUCCAUCAACAGCCAGAGCAGCAAGAAGAGCAAGGGCAGCGCCAAGUCGGCCUCUUCCCACAUCCCUAUUGAGGCACAAGAAGACUGCUGCGUCCACUGCAUCCUCUCCUGCCUCUUCUGUGAGUUCCUGACCCUCUGCAACAUCGUGCUGGAUUGUGCCACCUGCGGCUCCUGCACCUCCGAGGACUCCUGCAUCUGCUGCUGCUGCUGCAACUCGGGCGAGUGCGCGGACUGCGACCUGCCCUGCGACAUGGACUGCGGCAUCAUCGACGCCUGCUGCGAGUCGGCCGACUGUCUGGAGAUCUGCAUGGAGUGCUGCGGGCUCUGCUUCUCCUCCUGAGGGGCUGCACGUGGCAGGGGGGACCGGCUGUGGGUCCCCCCCAACCCCUCCUGCAGCAGCCAAGGGUCCAGCCGGUCCCCGAGCUGGUGGUGGGGACGCCCAGGUGUGAAACGCCAAAAGGCAGAGCCCAGCAAAGGAGAGCAAUACCCCCCCAUUGCAAACCUCAUCCUUGGAGCUGGGUCGCAUCCUGCCUGGGGAAGGGUGAAUCCGUAGGGCCGCGGGGGUUCCGGGGACGGCCGGCAUCCCGUCACGCUCUACCUCUUCCCCACGCCGGGCCGGUUUGCCGAGGAUCGCGGGAGCCUCCUGCCACCUGAGCCGAGAGCAGGAGCGCCUGUCCCGUGCCCCACGGAGCCCACAGGGGCCACCCCAGGGUCCCGGUGUCGGGGACGGCCUGUCCUGCUGCCACCGCCUGGGGCUGCCCCAGGACAGUGCUCGGGGUGCAUUGCUCUGGUUUACAGAGGGGUGGCACAGAGCAUCCUGCCCCCCCCCCCCCACCAAGGACACCUCCGAGGCCGUCAGCCAGGCUGCGGGGUCCUGCGCUGUGGGACACAUCCUGCCAGCCCCCACCCUUCCUCGGUGCUGAGUUCUGCAGCCAAGUGCAAUACACACAGCCUGCUCCCCUCCCUGUUUUGCCAUCCGGGAAGAAGCUUUUCCUUCGCCGGUCCCUGCGGCGUGGAUGCAGCCGGGGGCCGGGGCAGUGGUCCCGGCUGGGGAGAGCCCGGAGCUGUGCGGAGCCGUCACCACCCCCCGCGCAUCCCGGGGGGGACAGGGUGCCUUAGCUGGUGCCAAAUGACCCCCAGCAGUCGUUGGCCCCUGUCCCUUCACCCCGGGGACAGGGCUCGUGGCUGAAGACGCCCCUUUGAAGGGCUGGGGAGAAGGGGAGGGAAGCGUCAACGCUAUUUUAUUUUUUUUGUCCCUUUUGUUUGUUACUGUAAAUAAAGGUCUGUCUUCAUUUCU